AUGUGUGAGUACCAUGAAACUCAUGGGCACAGAACUGAAGACUGUCGCCAAUUGAGGGAGGAGGUGGCUCGGUUACUGAAAAAUGGCCACCUUCGAGAAAUCCUGAGUGAACGAGCUAAAAGCCACUACCAGGAAAGGGAGUCCUACAAACUGGCCGAACCGGUGGAACCUCAGCAUAUAAUCAACAUGAUAAUCGGGGGUACAGAUGCUCCUCGAGGACCGGUGAUGAAACUGACAAAGGUUACCGUUGUGCGUGAGAAGCGCAGCCGAGAUUUCAUGCCCGAGGAUUCCAUCUCCUUCAGCAACGAGGAUGCAGAAGGAAUCAUUCAACCACAUAAUGAUGCGUUGGAAACCUUUGAUGUACUCCGUAAACACAACAUGAAGCUUAACUCGGAGAAAUGUGCCUUCGGUGUCUGA